AUGAAGCACAACUACGUCAGAACGGGGCUCGAGGUCAUGGCUGGACUGAAGUUCACACGACUUUGCUCUCUUUCGUACACCGUCAGCAACAAUGAUGCCCAGCCAGGGCAUAAGUGGGAAAUGGUGCAGAGAACGACCCGGUCCAUACCUAUGAGCGCAUUUGAACGCUCUCCGGCACCAAUCCCGGUUGAUGCAGUCGAAAUUUGUGCCGUGGUGCGGAGAAGCAGCAAGAAGUUUAUCGUGGUUGUUGCACAGUAUCGUCCACCAGUGGAUGCAGUUUGUCUGGAGUUUCCAGCAGGUUUGGUGGAUUACAACGAAAGUCCAGGCCAAGCCGCCAUUCGUGAGAUGCACGAGGAGACAGGUUUUGUGGUAGAUGAAACUGGAAUUGUAUCUAUUUCACCGCCCCUCUCUACAGAACCCGGUCUCACUGACUCAUGUUGCGUUCUGGUGCGCCUCGACGUUGACGGUGAGCGCGCAGAAAAUCAGGAACCAAAGCAACACCUGGAUUAUGGGGAGGACAUCGAAGUUCUUCUGAUUCCCAUUUCUGAACCCAAGACCGCGGUAGGAGAGCUUUCGAGUGCAGUCCAGCGAUAUACUGCAAAGGGCCAGCGCGCGAUUGUGGAUGCAAAGCUGUAUACAUUUAUGGAAGCUCUGGCGUGGAGCCUAUAA